AUGUCUUUUCAAGAUAAUUAUUCAUCUGGUAAUUCAAAUAAUAUAAAUAAACCAUAUUUGAUACGUGAAAAUCCACCAUUUUCUUUUCUCCAUCAAGAUGAUUACAUUAUAAAAAAAAGAACAUAUCAGCAACAAUAUGCAAAUAUCUAUUUUUUACGUCUUGUUCAUAUUAGACCAAAAAUUGUUCAUAAGGCACAAGAAAAAUGGGAUGGUAUUUUUGUUAAAAAAAAAAAAGUAAAACGUGCAAGUCGUUUAUUAGAUAUUGUUCAUGGGGAAGUAUGUUGGAUUAUUGGAACAAUUUAUAUUGAUGUACCCUUGAAACCAAAUAUUUUAAAGGAUAUUAGAAAAGAUUACUGGAUGAUUUCAUCUACAAAUGAAAAAUAUAUUGAUUCUACAAAUAAUGACGUGAUAUUGGAAGAUGAAUAUGGAAGAAUUCGUCUUAUAGGUCCAAAAGUACUUGAAGAAUUUUUAGUUACAGGAUGUGUUAUUGGUGUAUUGGGGUUUGAAAUUCGAGAUGGAAAUUUCCAAGUAAUUGAUAUUUGUUUGCCUGAAUUACCACAUCAAAGUCUAAUACCUAAAAAAAUUGAUACUAAGACUAAUAAAUAUGUCGCUUUCGUUUCCGGGCUUAAUAUAACAGAUAAAACUUACAAUUCAUUAGCAUUAUUUCUUCUUAGUGAAUAUUUGAGUGGGGAAAUCGGUAGCUGGAAAGAUCAAAUAGCUAGCUCUCAGAUAGUUCAACUUAUUAUUGCAGGGAAUUCUAUAGGUUUAUCAAAAAAUGAUAAUGAAUCUGAUAAAAGGAAAACAUAUAAUACUUUUACAUAUAAUGCCAUACCAACAAAAAUGCUAGAUACAUUUCUUUCAAAUAUAUGUAUUACAACAUCUAUAAUACUUAUGCCUGGGGAAUCGGAUCCAUCAAAUGUUUUGUUGCCUCAACAACCAAUUCAUUUUUCAAUGUUUCCAAAUGCUAAACAUCAUUUUGGGUCUACAUUAACAAUUUGUACAAACCCUGCAUGGAUGGAGAUAGAUGGAAUAAAAUUUUUUGGAUCAAGUGGACAAACAAUUAAUGAUAUACACAAGUAUACCAAUAAAAUCGAUAAAUUAACAAUUAUGGAAUAUACAUUGAGAUGGCAACAUUGUGCACCAACUGCUCCUGAUACUUUAUGGUGUUAUCCAUUUUCCGAAAAGGAUCCUUUCAUUAUGUCGGAAGCUCCUCAUGUAUAUUUUCUUGGGAAUCAAGAGAAAUUUGAUACAAAAUUUAUUGAAGGUGAAAACGGACAAAAAAUACGUUUAAUCACUCUUCCAGUAUUUAGCGAGACUGGAUCUAUUGUCUUAUUAAAUCUUUCAACACUUGAAUGUGAACAAGUGAAAUUUGGCAUUCAUAAUAUAAUGUCUAAUAUAUAAUAUAUAUAUGUUUAGAUAUGUACAUAAAAGCUAAAUUUUAAUUAUUUUAUUUUUUCAAAUACAUUGAAGAUAAUUUCGGAAACAAAAGCAUAUUUCUUUUACAUUGAGUUUGUAAGUAUGUCUUGUCUAAACCCAAUUUACAAAACUUAAAACUUCUCCGAGACGGCUGAACAUCUAAUUGAUCUAGUAUUUCAGAUGCUUUUUCAGGAAUAAAAGGUUUCAAAAGAAUUGCAGAUAAUCUUAUCGCUUCUAACGUUCUAUAAAUAACUGGAUCGACUUUAUCGGGGUGAUUACAAUAUUUCCAUGGUUCAAAAUCUUGGAAAAAUUUAUUGAUGAUGGCAAUGAAGUGAAAUAUAGACUGCAAGGCAGCAUGCAACUGAAAUUUAGACAUAUGGUCAUCAACUUUUUCUGCAAUUGUAUUAAUAUUCGUGUCGAAUUCCUGAAAUAAAGUAUUUUUAUCUACAUAUUCUUUUGAACAAAGCAAAGCACGUUUUAAAUCAAAAUGAGGAGAACAGACUCUUAAUAAGAGAUUUCCCA